CUUAAUCUCUCUUUUUUUUUUUCAAGAUUAAGAUUAGAUUGCAUUCUAUAUUUUUUUUAACAAAAAAAGAAAAUGAAUGAAAGUAUGGAAAUUGGCUCUACAACAACAACGAUAACAGCAACUAUUACUACUGAUUUUGCUAACAUGGAGAAACGUGUGAUAACAACUACGGAAGGAGUCCAGGUACAGAAAUUUUUAGCGGCGCCUGUAAAUUGUAAGCUAUUUGUUGAAAAAAUGACAAAAGAGGGAGAAUCGGAAUUUAGGAAAGCAGAGAUAUUAUCCUUACGACAAACACUUCAAAACCAACAACCAGAAUUCUACGUUCAUUAUAUUGAAUUUAACAAACGUUUAGAUGAAUGGGUUUCGAUAGAUCGACUUGACUUUACUCGACCUAUAGAGUUUCCUAUAAAGAAGUAUCAAAAUCAACUUUCUUCUACAGACGGUAGUAGUAGUAGAGAAAAUAUACCUUCUCAAAAUAGACGUAAAAACUUGAAGAGAAAAGAGACAAUAGGUCCUCAUAAGAGAAAUAAUGUAUUAGAAGUUGAAAUAGAAGAAGGAGAGGAUGAAAUAGAUUCAAAGAAAAAUGAUAUUGAAAGGCUAAAAAUGUCUAGAUCUACGACACAAAAUAUACAUGAAGUGGCAAGAGUAAAGAAUCUGAAUAAGAUUCAAAUUGGUCAACACGAAGUAGAAACAUGGUAUUUUUCGCCCUAUCCUUUUGAAUAUACAUAUUGUGAUAUCUUAUAUAUUUGUGAAUUCUGUCUUUGCUUUUAUGUUUCAUAUAAACAGUUUGAAAGACAUAGAACAAGAUGUCAACUUUAUCAUCCUCCAGGCAAUGAAAUUUAUCGUCAUGAGGAAAUUUCAUUCUUUGAGAUCGAUGGACGUAAGCAAAAGACUUGGUGUCGAAAUCUCUGUCUAUUAUCUAAAUUAUUUCUAGACCAUAAAACGCUCUAUUAUGACGUGAACCCAUUUCUAUUCUACUGUAUGACAGAGAAGGAUGAAAAAGGAUAUCAUUUAAUUGGAUAUUUUUCAAAAGAAAAGGAAUCAUCUGAAAACUAUAAUGUAGCGUGUAUCUUAACCUUACCACAUUAUCAGAGAUUAGGGUAUGGUCGUUUGCUGAUCUCAUUCUCAUAUGAGUUAUCCAAGAUAGAGGGUAAAGCAGGUUCUCCUGAAAAGCCCUUAUCUGAUUUAGGGCUAUUGUCAUAUAGGGCUUAUUGGACUGAUGCAAUUAUUGAACUCUUAUUAGUGUCUCAUGAUCUAUCACCAUCAGAGAAAGAAUUUACAUUAGAAGAAAUCUCACAAAGAACAUCGAUCACAACUCGAGAUAUAUUAUAUACUUUACAAUCUAUUAGAGCUUUGAAAUAUUAUUGUGGACAGCAUAUUAUUUGUUUAGCAGAUAAAGUAAUUGAACAAUGGAAAACAAGUUACGAAAAGAAAAAACAAAGAAAAAGGAUUAUUUUUCCUGAAAAGUUAAAUUGGAAGCCAACCCAUUUUACACCUGCUCAACUCAGAUAUCUUUAAACUUUAUUCCACAUAUGUAAUGAGAAAAAAAGAAAAUACCCUUGUUUUUAAUAAUUAUGUUAUAUUUUUAAUAAAUUAAUAAGCAGCAAGAAAAGAUCCAAAAUAUACAAAGAAGUAAGUACUUCAAGUAACUGAUAAAGUAAUGUAUUCUUUAUUUUAUUAUGCCUGAAUCUUAACAAGUACAGUACACAGUACACGUACAAGAAGAAUAGGAAGUUUGUAUAGCAUUCUACAUAAGCUUAAUUCAAAUUAUUGCUAUGAGUAGUGGUGCC